AUGAAACCCCUUACUAUCUCCCCGCCGCUUCUCAACUCUGCAAACCCAUGGUGUACCACGUUGGAACAGCUUCAAGCGCUCUACAAUAGCCCCCACACAGGCGCCGUAACGACACGCACAUCACUACUCAAUGGCUUCCCUCACGAUCCCUCGAUUCACCAAUUCGUCUUCUACACGACUUCGUCUGCCUCCGGGCCGAAUAAAGAUCAAGAAGGCAAUGAGGGAACAACCGGUAGCUUGAACACCUUAGGUUACAGCCCAACCCCGCUGAAAGAAUAUUUGGGAUUUAUCAAGACAAUAAGUGAUGAAAUUUGUGAUGUACCAAACGGUAAACACAACAAACCUUUCAUCAUAUCUGUGACCGGGACAGUCGAUGAAGUUGUCGAAUGCUACAAGCUCAUAAUAUCGCACCAAAGAACUGUUCGUAUGGUCCUAGCCAUGGAAGUAAAUCUCUCAUGUCCGAAUAUUCCUGGAAAAUCGCCGCCAGCAUAUAAUUCGGCAUCGCUUCUCGCGUACCUGUCGGCAUUAAAAACAGAGAUAGGCCGCCAAAUGGAGCCACUGGAGGCCUCACACCCACAUGAAGGGCACAUACAUGUCCCGAUCGGAAUCAAAACACCACCGUAUACGUACCAUGAUCAGUUUCAGAGCUUAGUCGAUGCACUAUUGUCCAGCGCGAAGGUCCAACCAACACAUCUGCCCUGCCCUAUAUCCUUCAUAACCGCGACGAAUACAUUAGGCUCUUGCCUUCUCCUUGCCCCAAAACUCGAAGGAUCACAUGAGCCACCGUAUUCGGUUUUCCACCAUACACUCAAUUCGGCGACUGGGACAGGAAUUGGUGGUUUGGCAGGUGCACCUUUGCACCCCUUAGCAUUAGGAAAUGUGUAUACGAUCAAAGGAUUGUUGUUCCAGCACCAAGAGCUUGAGCAAGUUCAGGUCAUUGGAGUUGGCGGGGUAGAAGACGUUGAUGGAUAUAAUCGUAUGCGAGCAGUGGGCGCAGCAGCCGUGGGUGUUGGCACAGCGUUGGGCAGAAAGGGCAUCCGAGUGUUUGAAGAGAUUGGAGAGGCGUUACAGAAGCACCUAUGA